AUGACCAACAGCAACAGCAAGACCCGUUCCCUUCCCCUGCUGCAGCAGGGGGCCCCCGGGGGGCCCCCUGCAGCAGCAAGGGUUUCUGCUGCUCGCAGCAAGCACAUCUUUUCGUUUUUGCUGCACCACCACCCGAGCCCCCGCAGCAGCAGCAGCAGCACAAGCAGCAGCAGCAGCAGCAGCAGCAGCAGCAGCAGCAGCAGCAGCAGCAGCAGCAGCAGCAGCACCUUUUCGAAGCGUGCUUCUAAAGUUUUUCGCCCGAAAAAAGAGGCCCCGCUGCUGCCCCGCAGAAAGGGCCCACAGGGGCCCCCUGGGGGCCCCCCUGCUGCUGCAGCAGGGGGCCCCCCUGUCCCUUUUAAGUUCGCUUUUAAGGUCUCGAGGCCCCUCGAGGGGCCCCCCGAGGGGCCCCUCGAGGGGCCCCCCGAGGGGCCCCUCGAGGGGGCCCCCAAAAGGGCCCCUGCCGGGUCCUCAAGGGGGCCCCCGGAAGGGCCCCCGGGGGGCCCCCCGGGAGGGUACCUCAUGAAGGGGGCCCCCGAGGGGCCCCCCAAAGCAGCCGCAGUGCUGGCAUGGGGUACUGAUUUUUGCGAGGGGAGCCAGGGGGCCCCCUUGACCCUUUCAGCUUCUCUCCCGGGGGCCCCCACGGGCGAGGGGGGCCCCCAAGGGGGGCCCCCCAGCCUGGGGGCCCCUGGGGGCCCCCCAAGGGGCAGCCGCCCCAUAAGCUGGCUCAAAAGGGCCUUUAAAGUGGCAGUGCAGCGCAGCAAAAGCAAAUCAGCAUUAGAGAGUCCCAGGGGGCCCCCCGGGGGGCCCCCCGGGGGGCCCCCCGAGGGGCCCCCCGGGGGCCCUGGGGGCCCCCUGCUGGGCCUGGCAGCAGGGGCCCCAGGGCCCAGCAGCAGGGACUGCCUGGGGCCCCGGGGGGCCCCCGAGGCCCCCGAGGCCCCCGAGGCCCCCAGGGGGGUUUUGUCGCUUGCGGGGCCCCUGGGGGGCCCCUCGAGCGAGCGAAGCAGCAACAGCAGCAACAGCAGCAACAGCAGCAGCAGCAGCAACGGGAGCAGCAGCAGCAGCAGCAGCAGCGGACAAAAGAGCGGGCCCUCAGCAGCAGCCAGCGGCAGCGGUACCCCCAUGAGAAAGGCCUCGGGGGCCCCCGACUGCCAGGGGGCCCCCAAAGAUACCCUUUUUGCUGAGGGGGGGGCCCCCCAUUUGAUGCAGUUUACCCCAGUGGCCCUAACGGCUUCCUCGCGGCAGGGGCCCCCUGCCAAGAAGGGGCCCCCGGGGGCCCCCAAGGGAAGGUACAGUUCCCAAGAGGACCCUGAGGGGGCCCCCAAGCACUUGGGGGGGCCCCCCAAGCCAGAAGAGGGCCUCAGGGGCCCCCCCUUUGAAGGGUACAGCAGCGGGCUUCUGGGGGGCCCCACAUGGGGCCCCUCGGCCCCCGGGGUUUACACCUGCUGCUUGCUGCAGCAGCAGCGCCGCUGGGGGGCCCCCUGGGGGGCCCCCAACACCCAAAUAGGGUACUUGGGGGCCCCCUCAAUUGAGGAACAAAAGGCCUUCUUUGCUGCUUCCUCAUGGGAGCCCCAAGACUUCAAAUUCAUAAGAACAGUAGGCACGGGCACAUUAGGCCGAGUCUUCAUAACUCGUUUAAAGCCCCGAGAGGCUCAGCGCUGCAGGGCCUGUCCCCUUGGGGGCCCCCUUGGGGGCCCCCCCCUCUCCCCUUCUUCCCUUGGGGGCCCCCUGGGGGCCCCCCUGGGGGCCCCCCUGGGUUCGCCUUCCCGAGUGCCCCUUGGGCGGAGCCUGGGGGCCCCCCUGGGGGCCCCCCUGGGGUGCCCCCUGGGGGGCCCCCUGGGGGGCCCCCUGGGGGGCCCCCUGAGGGACCCGCUGGGGGGCCCCCUGGGGGGCCCCCUGGGGGGCCCCCAGGAACUAGAGGGGCCCCAGGAGGGGGCCCCCUGCUGCUGCGAACUGCGGGGGGCCCUGGAAAGCAUUCCUUAUGCUGUGAAGAGAUUAAGGAAGUAUCAAAUUCUGCAGACGAAGCAGCAAACUCAUGUUUUAAAUGAAAAGAAGAUUCUGAGAAACAUGAACCAUCCUCUCGUCGUCAACCUGCUCACGACGUUCCAGACGAGGACGCACUUGUUCUUGCUGAUGGAAUUCGUUGGAGGGGGGGAACUCUUUUCUCUUCUCAAGUUCAAGCAGUACAGUGAGCUGGCAAGGCAGGGGCCCCCUGCUGCUGCUGCUGCUGCUGCUGCUGCUGCUGCUGCUGCUGCUGCAGCAGACACAGCAGCAGCGCACGGGGCCCGGUGGACCCUCCAGGGUACUGAAGCAGCUGGGUACCCUCCUGAGGGGCCCCUCGAACCAGGGGGCCCCCUUGCUGCAUGCAAAGUGUUUGGGGGGCCCCCCGAAGAGACUUUGAGUCCCACGGGGGCCCUUAAGGAAAGCAUUACAGAAGAGGGAGAAGAAACAGGCUGCGAAGCAGAAGCAGCAGAUGAAAAGGCUCUGGUGCCUGUCUCCUCUGCAGCAGCGCUUCCUGCAGCAGCAACAGCAGUAGCAGCAGCAAAGGCCGCAGCAGCAGCAGCAGCAGCAAGCGCCGAAGCAGCAGCAGCAGCAGCAGCUCGCGCUGCUAAAAAAUCCGCUUACUGCUGCUCGCGCUCCCCAGCCUUCUCCAACACAGCAGCAGCAGCAGCAACACCGACAGCAGCAGCAGCAGCAGCAGCAGCAGCAAGAGGCCCCCCGCCUUGCUUGCUGGAUUCUGCUGCUGUUGCUGCUGCUGCUGGUGGAUUCUGGACCCCUCCUGUGUCUGCUGCAGCUGAGAAGCAGCAAGAGGGAGAGCAGCAGCAAAGAAGGAGACAAAAGGAGACAGAAGAGAAAGCAGCAACGGAGCCAGCGGCGUUGCAGCAGCAGCAGCAGCAGCAGCAGCAGCAGCAGGAGGCGCUGGAGUCGCAGCUGGAGCAGCAGCUGCAGGAGCAGGUGCAGCAGCAGGUGCAGCAGCAGGCGCUGCAGCAGCAGCAGCUGCUGCUGCCGUCGGAGGAGCUGCAGCAGCAGCUGGAGCGGCAAAUGGAGCGGGAAAUCGAGGCCGAGCUGCAGCAGCAAACUGCAGCAGCAGCAGCAGCAGCAAGAGCAUGCACUCUUUGCGGCACUACAGAAUAUAUGUCUCCAGAGACUCUCUUAAGAAGGGGGCAGCACUUCAGCAGCGACGCCUGGGCCUUCGGCAUUCUACUCUUCGAACUCGUCUUCUGGACAACUCCCUUCUACAGCGAAGACCCCAGCGUCACUUACGAACAAAUUGUCAACAAGCCUCUGCAGGUUCCCGCGGGGGCCCCCGCAGGCCUCGAAAGCAGCAGCACCUUUGCGACAGCUGGCUGCAUGACUUCUGACGCAGCAGCAGCAGCAGCAGAAUCAUCAGCAGCAGCAGCAGCAGCAGCAGCAGCAGCAGCAGCAGCAGCAGCAGCAGCAGCAGCAGCAGCAGCAGCUCUUCCAUGCAAGAGACAGAGGGCCUUUUUUGUCUCUUUUAUUAUUCUACAAACAAAACUCUUUUCAUUCACAGAAGCAAAUAUGCCAUUAAGCGCAGCAGCAGCAGCAGCAGCAGCAGCAGCAGCAGCAGCAAGACAAGCAGCAGCAGCAGCAGCGGCAGCAUUGCUGCAGCAGCACAACCAGCAGCAGAAGCAGUAG